GGGCUUUGGGGGAGGAUGCCCAUGCGACCCAACAAGCUUGGGAGGAGUUUGGCUGGAGCAUGGCGGAGAACCAAUGCCGCCUCCAACAAUUUCGGCAACUGCAAGACUUUCUUAGGGCCUACCUGGCCAUGAUGUGAGUGAUUACACAUGAUGUCAAAUAUUGUUCUUGGUACAACUGGUUCUUGGUGCAAUUGGUAAUUGGUACAACUAGAAGGUUGUGCCUGUUUUGUCCUGAGUAAUGUACUGUAUUACAGCUGCAUGUAUAUUUUUGUGUUCAUGAAUGCUUAUUAGGUUUAUUGUAAUAACCAAUGUACCUACUGAGCUCUCUCUCUCCCCCCCCCUCCCUCUCUCUCUCUCACUCUCUCUAUCUUUCUUUCUCUCUCACUCUCUCUCCGAUGUCUCCCCUACAGCUCAUGGACAGAGGACACGCGGACUUGCAUUUUCUCAGAGGCUUCAGCCCAGCAGUGGUUACUGGCAGAAUCAAGUGUUCCAUCGGAGCUGGAUCUGAGGAUAGAGCAGAAGUUUGACGAGUUUGACAAGCUCGCUGCUGCUGGGCAGAAGCUUAUCAAGGAGCGACAUCACUUGGCAGAUAUUGUGAGUUAUUUUACAACAGGGGUCACAAACGUAUUUUGCCCUGGGGGCCACAGCCUUUGAAAAGACUGUGUUUAAUUCAAUUAUUUAUAAUUUCACGUGUUUUAAAAAUGGAACUAGUCUAGUUGGACAAACCCCAAUGACCCAACCAUUAGAAGAGACUGAAAAUAUCUGGCAACUGUUUCUACAGAUAAAGGAGAGGACUGAGGAACUUCAAAGCAUGCUGGGAUGGAUCCUGGUGUACUGGAGAGCACAGAAAGACCAGCUGGGUCAGGAGAAGUCAAGGGAUUCAAGAACAAGUGAUGCCCCUCAGGCAGACGCAACCAGAUUUCCACAAGGUCAACCCCAGGUAGGAUAACCCCCUAAAAAAAAAUGGAAUAAUUAAUAAAUACAUUUUUAAAAGGAUAUCCCUGCUUUCACGCCAAUACGAUUGAUUCGUUAUAACAAAUUGUUUAAGAACAACACCACUGUUCUCUAUUAGAAUUAGACCCAUUUAAAGCACUGAACUACAUUGCUGUGGUGAAGCUACUGUAAUGAUGUGUAUAGAAGACCAAGUGCUCUCUGACGAUAUUCUACCUGCCCACAUAUUGGCAAAAUAUGUUCCUAAGGAUCAAGGCUUAUUGCAAAAAAAACUAAAAACAAUGCAAAAAUACUAGAAAUAGGAGUUAUUGAACAAAAUCUUUGGUUUCCUUUGCAGAAUCUCUGCUCUCUGGCAGAACACAACAAGUCCUCGGAAAGCCUGUCCACAAAGCACAGGCUGAUGGUGGCGAGCAGGUUUGAAGGACCACAAAAAUCCCAACCGGGGAUAGGUCACCAUGGAGAAAACUUUGCCAAGCCGGUAAACGUCACACCACACGUCCCCUUGGCUGUGGCAGUCAACUUGCCCAGCAUUAUCCUUGAAGAGCCCUGUGCUACUGUCACCCCACUGGGCAGCAGCAUCAACCUCAUCCUCAGUUUUGACCAACAGCCACCAGGGAGCAGUCUGCAGCAGCGGCCAGUAGAGCCAAGGGAGGCAGUUGAACCUGUGCAUAGGGUGAGUACAGAUCACCACAUAUUAAUAUCUACAUACCACAAGACAACAUCAACCAAAUUAAAGGGAGGACGCAAAUUGGACAGUCAGAUUUGAAUUCUGUUGCUGUUGAUGUUUGUAAGCAGUAAGUUGACCCAACGUGUAUGAUGAUGUCAUACUGCCAAGUCUACCUAUAAGGCACAAAUACACUACAUGGCCAAAUGUAUGUGGACAUCCCUUCAAAUUAGUGUAUACAAUCGAGCACAUAGCCAUGCGAUCUCCAUAGACAAACAUUGGCAGUAGAAUGACCUGUACUGAAGAGCUCAGUGACUUUCAACGUGGCACCGUCAUAGGAUGCCACCUUUCCAACAAGUCAGUUCAUAAAAUGUCUGCUCUGCUAGAGCUGCCCCGGUCAACUGUAAGUGGAAACGUCUAAGAGCAACAACGUCUCAGCUGCGAAGUGGUAGGCCACACAAGCUAAAGCGCGUGCUGAAGCGCGUAUCGCAUAAAAAUCGUCUGUCCUCGAUUGCAACACUCACUACCGAGUUCCAAACUGCCUCUGGAAGCAACAUCAGAACAAGAACUGUUAGCCGAGCAGCCGCACACAAGCCUAAGAUCACCAUGCGCAUGUCAGUGUAAAGCUCGCCACCAUUGGACUCUGGAACAGUGGAAAUGCAUUCUCUGGAGGGAUGAAUCACGUUUCACCAUCAGGUAGUCUGACAAACUAAUCUGGGUUUGGCAGAUGCCAGGAGAACGCUACCUGCCCAAAUGCAUAGUGCCAACUGUAAAGUUUGGUGGAUGAGGAAUGAUGGUCUGGGGCUGUUUAUCAUGGUUCGGGCUAGACGCCCGAGUGAAGGGAAAUCUUAACGCUACAGCAUACAAUGACAUUCUACACGAUUCUGUGCUUCCAACUUUGUGGCAACAGUUUGGGGAAGGCCCUUUCCAGUUUUAGCAUGACAAUGUCCCCGUGCACAAAGUCCAUACAGAAAUGGUUUGUCGAGAUCGGUGUGGAAGAACUUGACUGGCCUGCACAGAGCCCUGAACUCAACCUCAUCGAACACCUUAGGGAUGAAUUGGAACGCCGACUGCGAGCUAGGCCUAAUCGCCCAACGUCAGUGCCCGCCCUCACUAAUGCUCUUGUGGCUGAAUGGAAGCAAGUCCCUGCAGAAUUGUUCCAACGUCUAGUGGGAAGCCUUCCCAGAAGAGUGGAGGCUGUUAUAGCAGCAAAAGGGGGACCAACUCCAUAUUAAUGCCCAUGCUUUUGGAAGGAGAAGUUCGACGAGCAGGUGUCCACAUACUUUUGGCCAUCAAGGCUGAAAAACCCAUCCCCAGAGCUAAUAACACAAAACAUCUAGUAGAACCUCAAGACAUUCAUGCACAUUCUAUUGUGUUUAUCUUAAAAAGGUUUAGAUUGGGACUGGGAUAGGGAGAGCUGAUCCUAAUGGCUUAGAGCAGCUAUUAGUAAAGGAAUGUGCUGUAAGAUUUAUGUAAGGUCCCACAUGCCAGAAGUGGUGUUUCAUCAACUUGGCUCACACUCAGUGGAUUAGUCAUGGUCAAGCCAUUGCCACUGCAGCUGGGUAUGAGACCACCUCAUACCCAUGUGAUUUUGAUAAGGUUUGCAGAAUGUGUGAUCCCAUUUUGAAGGCUUGCAGCUGAAGUGAUGUCUUAAAAUAACGUAGUAUUUUCCUACAGAAUCAACUGCAUAUUUCAUAAAGUUUGCACAAGUAUCAGAAAUUGGUUCUUCGUAAAUGUAUCCAAGAUGUCUUUGAUCAUGGUUGCAUAAGCAUUUAACUUCAAUGAUCAUGAAAGUCACAUUUUGCUGAGUUUUGUAUUUGAUUUCUAAUUCUCUUCAUCUUUUCCAGGUGAGCACCUAUCUGCAAGUCACAGACGGAAGUCCUGUUUUUGAAGACGUGGCAUCGCCUCAUAUCACAGACAUGAGCCACGUGUCAACCACCUUUUCCACAAGCUCAACCAACGCUGCUUUCAUACCCCAAGUCAGCACUGUCUUGCUGCCCCACCUUACCCAGAACCAGUUCCACCUCUACCUUAAACCUGAAGGGACCGAUAAAGAGGAGGAAGAAUAUGACAAACAGGCACACUGUGACUGGCAUUGUCGGAAUGCCCAAGCCGCAGGGGGUUCCUACCGUGCCCACCGGUGCCACACGCAGAGCCUACACCUGGCCACUGGAGGAUAAGAAGGAAUGCCAUGCCACACAAGGGAGUCCAGUUAAUACAGAACUCCAACUGUAUAUCAAAAAUAAUUCUGUGGUGAGUGUCAUGGAUGGCAACUCUUCAGGCACGUCAAGCGUUCCUACCGUUCCUACCAUCCAGGGGCAUUUCUUGCAUGGACUCAAUGAGAUGACCAUUGGGCAACACAAGAGCCACUAUGGCGUUAUCCCUCUCGGGUCGAUGUUGAGUUUUGACCUGCCCAAGGAUUGGGGGCAAAUCUCACAGAUAAGUGCAAAAGACCUCACAACAGAGAAAGUGCCUUUUGAAGCCAAUGGGGACCAUGCCAGUCCACCUUUGAAUCUGUACAGACCAUCAGGCUCAAACGCACUCGGUCAGACUCUUGCAUCGUCCAAAGUAAUUGGACAGACUUUCGCCCUCAGUCCAGAGAAGGAAAGGCAUCUUGAAACUGAUGGGGAACAUGACAGUCUGAAUGGUUCACCUUCGAAUCUGUGUAGACCGUCAGGCUCAAAUACACUCAGUCUAACUCAGAAAGUGAUUGGGCAGAAUUUCACCCUCAGUCCAGAGGAGGAAAGUAUCUGCGAAACAGGGGACUUUGCUGGUCAAAAUGGUUCACCUUUGAAUCUAUACAAAUUGGUAGACUCAAAUAGACUCAGUCAGAUUCACAAAGUGAUUGGACAUACUUUCGCCCUCAGUCCAAAAGAGGAAAGGAGCUGCGAAACAGCUAGGCAGGACUCACAGAAGGUCAGCUCAGAGUCUGUUUCUCUUUUGGUUCAGUGUAUCUCGCUACCUGAGAAAGACGACGUCUAUUAUGACCUAAGAAGCGCCACAAGGAGUCCUGCUCUUGCUGCAGGACAUGAGAACAUUUUCUCCAGCACUGUUGGCAUCCACGAUGAGGAUAAGGUCGAGAUUUCCAUUCCAGUGGCCAUUUUGGACUCUAACAAGCAACGCACUGAACCAAACUGCAGCAGCUCGAUGAUGUAUGACCACACCCGCACUGAACUGUCACAGAACCACAAGCACAACUGUUUAAGUGUUCACACCAAGAUUCAAGACCUCAAUAACCACAUAUACUUCCCUUCUGCAAAGAGGCAAUUCACUUUCCAAAGUGAACUUCGAGCCGUAGAGAUCAAGGGCUUGUCUACUGUGUCUGAAGACUCCACAUGGAUGGGUGUGCGCAGGUCUGGACGAGUCAUUGUGUGCUCUGAGGACAACUGUUGCGUUUGCUCCGACAGCCCUGCACCAAUGAUGGUAUUGGGAAAAGAAACUUCACCCAAACGAGAACCAGAUCAUAUUCAUCCUGAUCAUUGGCAGUUUGAGGAGGAGGAAGAGGAACUGGAGGAUAUUUGGAAUAGCACAGACCAGGAAAGAGCGCCU